UUUGUUCGCUGCUACCACCAGCAGCAGCAGCAGCAGCUCUCUGCUAUCUACUCUACUCCCACUCCCUCUGAAGACUGAAGACUCUCUGCCAUCUCCCUCUGACUUCAGGACUGAAGAAGGAGAAGAAGAAUGGCGAAGCCGAUAUCGAUCGAGGUGUGGAACCCGAGCGGCAAGUACCGCGUGGUGAGCACCAAGUCCAUGCCGGGCACCCGCUGGAUCCGCCUCCUCACCGACAACGACUGCCGCCUCGAGAUAUGCACGGAGCAGAAGACCAUCCUCUCCGUGGACGACAUCCUCGCGCUCAUCGGCGAUCGCUGCGACGGUGUCAUCGGGCAGCUGACGGAGGACUGGGGUGAGGUGCUCUUCUCUGCACUCAAGCGCGCCGGAGGGACAGCUUUCAGCAACAUGGCCGUCGGCUACAACAACGUCGACGUCGAGGCCGCCAACAGGAAUGGCAUCGCCGUCGGCAACACCCCUGGGGUUCUGACGGAGACGACGGCUGAACUUGCCGCGUCGCUCUCUGUGGCGGCAGCCAGGAGAAUCGUCGAAGCUGAUCAGUUCAUGAGGGCUGGCCUCUACGACGGGUGGCUCCCGCACCUGUUCGUGGGGAACUUGCUCAAGGGGCAGACCGUUGGAGUGAUUGGAGCUGGUCGCAUUGGCUCUGCUUAUGCUAGGAUGAUGAUUGAAGGCUUCAAGAUGAAUCUGAUCUACUACGACCUGUAUCAGUCCACACGCCUUGAGAAGUUCGUCACAGCAUAUGGGCAGUUCCUGAAAGCAAACGGUGAGCAGCCUGUCACAUGGAAGAGGGCCGCCACCAUGGAGGAUGUCCUCAGGGAGGCUGAUGUGAUAAGUCUGCAUCCGGUGUUGGACAAGACCACUUACCACCUUAUAAACCCUGAAAGGUUGGCCAUCAUGAAGAAGGAGGCUGUUCUUGUGAAUGCAAGCCGAGGGCCGGUGAUCGAUGAAGUUGCUUUAGUGGAGCACCUGAAGGCGAACCCUAUGUUCCGCGUCGGUCUUGACGUCUUUGAGGAUGAGCCUUACAUGAAACCUGGACUGGCUGAGAUGAAGAAUGCCGUUGUUGUGCCUCACAUUGCAUCAGCCUCCAAGUGGACACGCGAAGGAAUGGCAACACUUGCUGCUCUGAAUGUUCUUGGAAAGAUCAAGGGGUACCCGGUGUGGGGAAACCCCAAUCUGGUGGAUCCCUUCUUGAACGAGAAUGCGACGCCACCACCUGCUUGCCCAAGCAUCGUCAAUGCUAAACAACUUGGCCUGCCAUCUGCAAAGCUUUAAUAUAAUUAGGGACGCCGUCCAUGUUGCUAGAUAUACAUUACAUUGCCUUACAUAGUGAAGAUGAUCGGCAAAUCAGGAGCUGAUCGAGGAGCAGGGGAUCGAUAUAUGCAGUCACGUUUUGGAUCGGCCUCAAACUUGGUUAUACAUAGAUGCAUCAGUUUGGGUUGGGGUAAAGUACAGGCAGCAGACUAAACUUUUGAUGGAUCCGGAACCACCGUUGCAGCAUCUCUUUCCUUCCCUUAUCAUGUAUCUAUAUAUGCAUAUUAUGUUAUAUUAAAUUUUCUGCGUUGAUAUGAUGAACUUGGUACAAUACAAGACGAAUUUUGUA